UCAGAGGAAAAGCAUAAGCAUUUCAAAAGUGGUUUUUGUAUUUUGCCAGGUCAUGUGGACGGAGUUGCCUUGCCAGAAUUUUCAUCUUCUCCUUUGUUGUGCUAUCUUAGAAUCUGAAAAACAGCAAAUAAUGGACAAGCACUAUGGCUUUAAUGAAAUAUUAAAGCAUAUCAACGAACUGUCCAUGAAAAUUGAUGUGGAAUUUAUACUCUGCAAAGCAGAAGCAAUUUCAAUGCAGAUGAUGAAUUGCAAGGAAUUGCCUCAAGCAGUUAGUGAGAUCCUGGGGAUCGAAAGCAGUUCUGUAACACCAGAUUUGGAUACUGGAGAGGAUGAUAGUGGAGCUCUGUCGAGUUGUCCGACGUCAUUGUAUCAGAGUAUCUCAACACCUGUAAUUGCUGCCAAUGGAACAAGAGACAGUGCUCAACAGGUGUCCGAGACGCAGAGCCUGACACCUGCGUAAUCACAGGUGGCUAAACUGAAGAAAGACUUUUACUGAGCACGUGUUUUUCAAGCACUUGAGAGAUGGAUAUUUAAAUCUGGUGUUGAUUAAGCUUUAAGGUUGGAAAGAAACUCUGUACUGUAAUGCUCUUGCAUUAAAGCUUUACAACAUGACUCAACUUAACUAUUUUUGUAGUUUCUUCUACCAAAAUAGCCUUUUGUUUUCAAUAACAUUCCUUAAUAUUUUUGUAGCCAAGUGCAUUUUCUUUUUGCUGGUGAACUGGAAACGGAUGGUGAUUAAGAACUAAUUUGAAAAUUCUGCAUUUCCUGAGCUCUCACAUGUAUUGAUCUGAGGGAGUGUGAGCUCUUUGAUUCGAGCAGAUUCACAACAGGCCAGCUGAAGCUGCUGUACAAAAUUUUCAAGCUGAGGAGAUGCUGAUGUGUUGAAGAAGGAUCGUUUUGUAAAUGAAUGGGUUUUCCCUAUCUUAAAUGUUUACAAAAAUACUUCUAAGUAUUUGUUGCUGGUUGAAUGUAGAUUUGAAAUGGACAUUUGUACUUACACAGUUUAAUGUCCAAAUACUGAAUUUUGUGUAAUUGGGAGUGGAUGAACAGUAUAUUUUUACAUUAACAACAUAUCUUCACUUUAUAUAUGCAUAUAUAUAUUUACACACAUACACACUAUAUACAAAUGUUUGUGAAUACUAAAAAGGAUAGUCAUAUUUUCAAUAGCUGAAUAACCUUGACUGUUCAUUCAUAUGAAUCAGUUUGACCAAAUCAGUGCAUCGCUCCAACUUGGGCUCUUUUUCAGAACUUUUCUAACUGAAGGUAACUUUCACGUGAAUAUGUUCAGUCCUACACUUGAGGUAAUUUUGCAGUUGAUUUCUUGCAAACUUUACUAAUGUUUAUCUUUGCUAAUAUAUUAACUGAUCAAUUAACUACUUACACUGUUUUUAUGGCGUGACUUGGAGAAUUAAUAAGCAGGUUAUUAAAACACACCCCAAACCAAAAUGGUAAUCACAGGUAACUUUAAUGCAUUUUUUUGUAUAUGCAAAAGGCAGUGUGAGUUUAUUCCAUGCCAUGCCGAUGUCCUUCAACGUUAUGUGAGAUUUAACAGAACUGAUUCAGUGUAUUCAUCAUUUGGUAACUAUUGUACAUAGACAAAAUAAAAAUCAAAGCUGAUUUAGUGUUUUUAAUUAAAUCAUAUUUAGAGAAAA